CAAAUGCAAAGACAGAACAAUGCCUCAGCAUCUCCAAUACCGUCCACAAGGUCUCAAAACAACUCCAAUCUGAUUCGCUAUUCCUUUCUCUCUUCUCCCUUCACCCCAGUCUUCCCUCAUCUCUUCUCUCUCUUCAAAUACAAGACCACCCAUCUCUCUCUCUGAUCUUCCCUUAUGAUUCAUGGCCUUCAAUCACCGAAAGUUGGUCCAAGAUUUCUGCAACAAUACCAUAAAACAAUUCUGCGGAACAAAUUAUUGCGACCCAUCGAAGAACGAAAACGGCGCUUGUCCACUUUCAUGUAUCUCCUGCUGUUACCCAAUAUGUUAUCGUCCUCUGGGACCAGUUUCAGACCCUAAACCCACUUGGAAUGAUCCUCCAAACCCACCACACAGACUAUCUCUCCUCUUCAUCAUUGGUCUCGCUAUACUCGCCGCCACUUUCUUUCUCUUCUCUUGUUUCCUGAUCUACAAGAUCUACACAGGUUGGUUCAGAUGUAGGAGGAGAUCACAGCCACAAGAAGAGGAGAUUCAUGAUGAUUUUCUUGAUGAAGAUCAUGGGCCUGUGGUGGAUCAUCACAUAUGGUACAUCAGAACUGUGGGUCUUCAACCAUCAGUCAUCAGCGCAAUUACAAUUUGUAAGUACAAAAGAGGGGAUGGACUUGUUGAAGGAACAGAGUGUUCUGUUUGUUUGAGUGAGUUUGAAGAAGAUGAGACUCUUAGGUUAUUACCCAAGUGUAGCCAUGCUUUUCACAUUCCUUGUAUUGAUACUUGGCUUAGAUCUCACACCAAUUGCCCCCUUUGCCGUGCUGGGAUUGUGAUCAACGCGGCCGAAUCGCGACCCCUAGAACAGAGUGUGAAUAAUUCAGGUGUUGCUGAAGAAACCCAGUUGGGAAUUUCAGAGAAUAACAAUGAAUUAGCAGGGGAUGGAGAAGAAGAGGCUUGUGAAUUGAGGAAUAGGAUAGAGGAAGAAGGCGAAUCUCAGGUCGAAAAUCGAAUAAAGAUUGAGGAAAAUUCAAAGGGGGAGGUGGAUGAAGUUCAACCAUUGAGGAGAUCUGUUUCUGUGGAUUCCUUAACAGCUUCAAUGAUCAGUCUUGCUGUAGCUAGUGCUCAUUCAUCACAAUCUAAUGGGAAUUCGGAUUCUCAGGUUGUGAAAAUCAAUGAAACAAAUAUGGAAAUUGUGCCAAAAAACUUUGGUGUUAAUAUGAGAUUGGUGGGUAGUCCUUCAAUUGGAAGAUCACUGCAAAAAGGGCCUCGUCCGAUCAAGAGAUCAUUUUCUUACAGUGGGACGGUUUUGUUAUCAAGGCACAGCCAUGGCCGAAAAUAGGUUCUUCCUUCAUGAAGUUUUUCAUUAGAUUUCAAGGUGAGAUGUCUACAAAUUCAGAUGUCUCAGGAACUCUCAACAAGCUGAGAGUUUUUAUAGGUUUUUUUUUUAGCAAUCAAUAUGUCAAACUGUAUAAUAAGAGUUGGAAAUUGAGGCUCAUCCAAAAAUGGAAGCAGGCUCAAAGUAUAAUUACAUUGUAUUUUUCUUGGUGUCAAGGUUUCUGAAAGAGAACAAAGAAAUUGUAAGCAAACAGUUUUGCUCUUAUGAAAUGAUUAUAAUGUUUUGAGGUAGCACUUCGCAAC